AAUGAGAGUAAUAUACAUUCUUAUAAUAAUUUGAUCAAACCAACAAAUCUGUCAAAAUAUCCUGGAGGUUUAGAGAGAAUUCCAAGGAUUCAAGAUUUUUUUAUUAUUAUACUGUGAUUUAUAUUUUCACAUGAAGGAGACGGCGAGCAGGGGCACGAGCAGAGGCAGAAGUGGGUGUGGGAGUGGGAGUGCUUGCACAGGCAGUAAAGGAGUUUUUGUGAAGGGUGGGAGUGACAAUGGAAUGGAUGAAGGGGAUGGUGAAGGUGAGAAAGGGGAGCUGGUUGACGAAUGGUGGAGGUGCAGCUCGUAUGUGGAUGAUGAGGAUGAUUCCCUUUUGGCGUCAUGGUUGGAAGCUCAGAGGAAUGUGUCUGGGUUUGAUAAGUAACAUGUUUCCCUCUUGGAUCUGUGGAUGGAGGCUAAGAGGAACCGUUUCUCUAGUACCUACUACUACCCUAUUUUUUGUUGGCAUUGGCAGGGCAGGGUUGGUUCUACUAACCCAUCGGUUGUCGAUAUUUACAAGGAAAGCAGGUCACUCUAUGUUCAGCUGGCAUCUCCAUGUGUUAGUGCAGCUUAAUCUUCACGUCCUUGAUUCCAUUGAGUUCCUGACCAUCUUCAAGCUUUGCUUGCCUUGCAACCCGAGGAAUUGAGAGAUUGCAACUCUAUCAGAAUCUCACAUCAUUUCAGUAUAUUCUUAUCCUGCAUAGCGUUGAGCUUCUCUCUUAUCUCAGUUAACUGGUUAAGACAUACAGUAUCCUUCUAUCCUUGGCAGUGUUGCGUUAACCCAUUGUAUUAUAGUUCUUCCUCCCUGUAGGAUAUGGAGGAUGCAGCCUCUGUUUUGCUAGUCCUUCGGAAGCUUCUUCCCAUCAAAUUUUAAUUCCUCACCUUCAUAAGAUCAUUUAGAUCGAUCCUGGAAUUGGUGUUGUUACCAAAGUUUAUCCAUUUAAACAACAACAUGCAAUGGAAAAUGUUUCUGCUGUGUGUUGAUUUUAGAGAUGUAGAUGUACUUCACUUUAUUUGUAUAUCAUCUUAUUACUGCCAAAUAGUGUGGAAUUUGAAUUUCAACUUGUUAUUGCUAAGAAUUAGAUUGUGUUAUGUGAGUAUAUGCUUUCGUAGUAAUUUGACAAUCAAAGCAAUAAUAUAAAAUUCUAUGACGAAUUUUUCUGAGGUAUCGGUUGCACAGUUGUGGAUGAUCAUGGUCUUGUCCAUGAUUUAGUGGAAUCGGUACGCAUCUCUGAAUGGGCAUGACACUUUCCUUGAAAGAUAUACAAGGUGCAUUGGCGAUGCCCAAGGAGUUAUUGGCAGGAGUUGUGCUGCAGUAUACAGUCAUGCCAAUUUCAGGAGCUCUUGUAAGCAAAUUAUUAGGCUUACCUUCCCAUUAUGCAGCAGGAUUAGUAUUGGUUGCUUGCUGUCCUGGAGGGACUGCAAGUAAUGUGGUCACUUAUUUAGCACGGGGAAAUGUGGCGCUUUCUGUUCUUAUGACGGCUGCUAGCACCUUCUUAGCUGUGAUAAUGACACCCCUGCUAACGGCAAAACUUGCAGGACAGUAUGUUGCAGUUGAUGCAGGUGGUCUGCUUGCCUCAACGCUGCAGGUGGUUCUUCUACCAGUCGUAACUGGAGCCAUUAUGAAUCAAUAUAUUCCAACAAUAGUGAGCAAACUUUCUCCAUUUACACCUCUUGUAGCAAUUGUUGCUGUCUCAGCACUCUGUGCUAGUGCAAUAGCACAAAAUUCUUCUGCUAUUCUGUCUUCUGGUGGACAAGUUGUUGUAGCAGUAGGUGCUCUUCAUUUGGCUGGAUUCUUCUUUGGUUUUAUACUUUCUAAGCUUCUUGGCUUCAAUAACUCGACUUCGAGGACCAUCUCUAUAGAAGUUGGCAUGCAGAAUUCUGUUCUAGGAGUGGUCCUUGCAGGCCAGCAUUUUAGCAAUCCUUUGACGGCAGUGCCAUGUGCUGUCUCCAGUGUCUGCCACUCAAUUUUUGGCAGUGCUUUGGCUGGGUAUUGGCGCCUGUCCUCUGACAAUGGAGUUAAGGUCAAGUACUCAUAGCUGUCACACAGAUAUUUUGAUGCCCAAUUCUGACAUUGUUUAGCAGGUUGCAUAAAUUUCCAGAGACUCAGAAUACAGAUAAUCUGUUCAUGCCAUAAAAUAUGAGAUCUUGACGGGAAUCUUUACAUCAAACUUUUUUUCUGUUCAAUCUGCUUGCUCUUCAGUUUUUCUUGUGUGCCUUGCAUGAACAUCUCUUGAACACCAUUAAAAUGUGUAAUUGACUUCUUGGCUUCAAAGAAUACAAAAAUAACUGCCCCUUUCCAGGGCUCUUAUCUUUA